AGUACAUGGGCAGUCUUGCAGCUGCGGCAGCGUAAUGGCUGAAGGAUGGAAAUAGUCUCUGGGCUUGCGUCCUUUGCCCUGGCAAAGUUCCUCUUUCUUUCGCGGCUAUCAAUUAAAGAAGAUGCGGAGAAAAUCAGAAAAAUGGAAGAGAAAUCGCUAGAAGUCUAUGACAUUAUUCGUACAAUUCGUGAUCCAGAAAAGCCGAAUACCCUGGAAGAACUGGACGUGGUUACUGAAGAAUGUGUAGAAGUGAAGUUGUUAGCUGAUGAUGAAUAUCUCAUCAUUAUUCGAUUCACACCAACAGUUCCUCACUGCUCUCUAGCUACUCUGAUCGGUCUCUGUCUACGAGUCAAGUUGCAACGAUGUUUACCUUUCAAACACAAGUUGGAAAUCUACAUCUCUGAAGGGUCACACUCCACGGAAGAAGAUAUUAACAAGCAGAUUAACGACAAGGAGCGAGUGGCAGCUGCAAUGGAGAACCCAAAUUUGCGGGAGAUAGUGGAGCAGUGUGUUCUGGAGCCCGAUGAUUAACAACUGCCAGGCUCGCUGGGGAAAGGACUCAUAGGCAGCCUGCAGUUCACCAGGUCUGCCAGUACAAGGACUGUCCACCGGGGGCUCCACUCUUGCAACAAACUAUAAUGCACUGGCAAUCAUUUAAAAAACAUCAUCUUUGUUUUGUAUUCAUGUUAUGUGAUGAGAUUUCCAUAUUAUUUCUAUUGUUUUACAUUGAGAAAUUCAUGCAAAACAAGAGUCUCUUUUGAUAUACGUGGAAAUGAAUGCAUCAGAAUAUUGCUCCAAUGCAAAUUGAGUGUUCAAUUAUUAAAUUAGUAUUUUUGUAUAGAAUACAAGAGAUAACACUGAAGAAUGUCAGCCACUGAGCUGAAUUGUUGUGAUCCCGGCAAUGGGAGAGGAAAGGUAUCGGACCCCUUUGGUCCCAUCAUACCCAAUCAAAAGGGAACGCAGUCUCAGACACUUCUUACAAAGCUGUAUGGUGGUUGAAAGAAAAUUUAAAAAUGCUAAAAGUGUUCAGCAGGUUAGGCAGCAUCUGCGGAGAGAGAACUAGUUAAUGUUUCAGAUAGCUGACCUCUCAUGCUGCUGACUAUUUCUCAGCAUCCCAAUUUCAGAUCUGCAGUGUUUUAUAGGCUCUAUGGAGUGAUGUGAAAGGAUUGCAUGUGAAUAUUAACAUUGUAUAUUUAUGAGAUUUGGUUCCCGAGGCCUGGGUCCAGCCACUGUAUCCAACGUUAUGGGAACAGACUAUAUAUACUAUAUAUCACUGUAUAUACUAUAUAUCACUGGCCUAAGUGCUCUGUGAGCCAUCUUCCUGGUUCCAAUUCUUGCUACCCCUCAGGGUCUCCCAGUGCUAGGGGAACAGCUAGCUGUUGACACGGAAUGGGUAAUUUCCCAACCUUCAAUGAUAUAGGCAGUGACAUUACCAGAGAACAAAUAUAAAGCUUGAUACCAAAUGGUGGCAUCGAAGCAUACCUGAACACAAGGUUGUUUUGCAUCUUAAAGCCCACACGUUGUGCUUGCAAUACAGAAGUGGCCAAAUAGCACGUGGAUACUGAUAUUUGAGAGAUGCAUUUCCACAGAUGCCAUGAUUGGGCCCAGGUCUGUCCACAGGGGCCACUGGAUAGCAAUCAAAAACAGAGAUUGAGGACUUUACCCCUCAAUCCAGGGGCAAUGAUACCAAUGGUCCUCCCCCAACAGGAACUUGGACCUCCCAGUCUUCACGACUUGCUGGUACUGACCGAGUUGCAUGGCUGAGAUGCUUCAAACUGAAAGGGCUUCUCCCCACCAGGUUAGCACACACUCAGGUGGUGUUUGUAACUUCAGCAAUUAGUGGAACUGAACUUCCUGCCAUCCCAGUACAUUGUCCUGCUUCCCCUUUUUAAACUUGCGCUUCAACUUUUGUCAUUGAACAGUAGAUGAAGCCCCACUUGGUGCAGAACUGCACCCUCGUGUAUCCAGCAUUCCCAUCAAUACCUGUUGACUGUUUGUCUCAACUAUCCUGUGUAUGGCUGUCAGUUCUAUAUUUUUGUAGGUCUGAGCAUUCAGUUUUGAAUGGUUUACCUGCAGGGGUUUCUAUCAAUUUGGGAUUAAAGAUGCUUUGCACUGAG